AUGUCGUUGCACAUCUACAUCGCUCACACGGGAGAGCAUUUCCUGGCUGAUCCAGUAGCCUUUGCCUCUCCUGAUGCCCUAAAGUCAUGGAUUGUGCGAUAUACCUCGAUCCCGCCCCCGCGGCAGAUAUUGAUGACCGCCCGGGGCAAGAAUGUGAAGAUUCAAACCCUCGCCACGGAAAACGAAAUCUUCGUAUACGACCGACAAUACAUCAGUGAAUCAGGCGACGUCGAAUUCCCGGAACUACCUCCGCCAGAGCCCUUUGACCCCGGCAUUCCCCCGGCUACUCUGAAAGACCAAAACGACCUUCAAGCAUGGAGAAACCUGUACCUGGCAAGGCGCAAUUGGGCGCUGGAACUUUCCAGACGUUGUGGAUCAAUCGAUAAGAACCUUCGCGAACAUAAUGAGCGGACUGAGGUCAUACACCGGGCUGUUGGGGUAGCUUUGGAGAACCUAAAGUCUCACGUGGGCACUCUGGAACAUAGAUUCCAGGAGGCGCAAUCAUGGGCGAACAACCUGCUGGAAGAGCAGCAGGCAGCUUUGGAUGGUUGGCAGCAAGCUCUUUCGACGUUAGGUGAUAUCCCUGCACGAAAGGACUUCCCUUUACUAGGACGACCAUCCACGCCUAAGAUGGACAAAGACCGCCCCACCGGGACACUUCGUGACUUUGUGGACUCGGUCGAGGUCCAGCGCGCUGGAGUGGAAGCAGCUGCGGUGCUGCCGACAUUUUCCAGCCACGUCCAAGAAAUCGAGAAGAACAUUGAUGAGAUCGCGUCGGACACCCAGCAGCUAGUGGACGAAGCCACAGACUCUGGCGCCGAGGGCGUGGAUGGGCUGGCGGAAGAGAUUGAAACCAUCACCAAGAAGAUCGAGUCGGAUUAUGAACAUGUGCUCGAUCUGCCGAACAACCAGAAAACAUUAGCUAACAUAUCACGGCUUGCCUUCAACCACACCCAAGACCUUCUUCCCACUUUAUUGGAAUUCGGGGCUGAAUUGCAAGCGGCAUUGGUGCAUGCUGUGCAGCGUCGGACAACCGCAGAAAGAACCGCCAUAAGACACAUGCGCACCAUAUCCUCUCUUGAAUCCAGACUUGCAGACGCCCAUGGUCAACUGGUCAAUCUCGACAUGGAUAGCAAUUCUUUUGAUGUGAUAUAUGCUGUUUUCCAAAUGCCAAUGGUCUACGGUUCCAUCCUAAUCGAAUCGCUUCGCCGGCGAGAAUGGAACGAGAAGAUUAAGGCCGACUCCCUGAGCUUGGUAGAGGAAAUGGCCGUUCUUAGAGACGAGGAGCAACGCCGACGAAAGAAAUGGCUGAAAAGCAUGGGCGAUUUCAUGACCGUCACCGACUCCACCGCGCCAGGAAUCGAGGUCAAUCUUCAGGGCCAAGAUGAUCAAUGGCCUGAAGUAGCUAGAAAAGAGAUCGAGUAUUAUAUCGAUGAGUUGAAAACGAGGCAUUCCAUGGGAAACCUGGCCGAAGAAUUGACGCAACAGCUCAAGGAGCUAGAUUCUCCGACUCGGCAGCAAAGACGGCGCGCCAAGGCGUUUAAACAGGGAAGCGUUUUUGACUUGAGCCGAAGCUCGAUGCUGCGUGCAGACGACUCAGUGCGCAGCUUGCAAGAAGAAAAGACAAAGUUGGAAGAGCGACUCAAAGGGUCUGACAGUCGCGUUAGGAAGCUAGAGGACCUUUUGCAUCGCCAGAGUCAGAUGAGUCGGCCGUCCAGUGGCAAUUUCGGUCCAGACUUCCCCGGCUCUCCUGCAUCUCCCCAUCCAGAUACCCUCUCACGACGAUCCUCUAUGUCAUCUAGACGCGUCUCAGCAACUCAAUCCCCCGAGGACAAAGCGCUCAUCCAACGCAUUGUCAGCCUUGAGGCAGAAUUGGCGGCAGAACGGGAUUCUAUUCAGCGAUUACACAAAGAAGCCCAUGCCGAGCGUCAAACAAAUUCAGAUAAAUUCCAGGAGGCGCAGUCGACCAAAAAAGACCUCAUCGGCAAUCUGGAAGCACGCCAACGCGAGUUUGAAGAUGAGCGCCGCUUUCUGGACGCAGAGCUCAAGAAGUUCAGGCUCCGGUCGGAGGAAAUGGAAGAGGAGCUUGAUCGACUCAUGGACAGCCGAGAGAAUGGUAGACAAGAGAUGGAUGAGCGGAUGCACCAGCUGGAGAUAGACCUCCAGAAUGCCCAGUCCAAUUCUGCCGACGAUGAACAAAAGAUCAAGGAUCUCCAUACAGAGAUCGAAAACAGCAAAGGGCGGGAAGAUGGCUUACAACAUAAAAUCGAAGAUCUCGAACGCCAGCAAUCCGAGCUCGAGCAGAAGGACCAAGAGAGUCAGCAGGCUCUCCAAGCUAUCUUCAUGAAUCUCUCCCCGGGAGGCAUAAUGCCGACUGAAACUCCAGACCUCAUCAAAGCCAUUGAGGUUCUUUCUGAGGGCCUGUCAAUACACGCGAAGAAUGUGGAGUCUGAUGUAGCCAAGGCUACUGCCGAGAACAAGGGCUUGGAGGAGCAGAUUGCGAAGCUGGAAGCCGAAGCCGAAGACCGGACUAAAAACCUGGAAGACCACGAGAGCAAACUAUCACGCUUUGCCGAAGAACUUUCACAGGAGCGGUCGAAGCUUGAAGAAUUGAACUCUGAACUGGACGGUGAACGGUCGAAGUUCAGCUUGCUUCAUUCCCGGAUUGAAACUGGGGAAAGCGGCACUAAGGCUUUGCGCGAGGAGAUUGUCGAAGGCGAGAAGAGACUGGCAGAUUUGUCCCAACGGUUGGUAGAUGCCGAAAAUCAAGCCCAAGAACUACGGGACCAUGCUACAGAGUGGGAGAAGAAAGCAGGUGCCAGCUCGGAGAUCGAACAGCAAGCCAUGGCGCGUUGCGAAGCUCGGGGUACCAAAUCACACGAGCUUUCAAGACAGCUUCUCACGCAGGUUGAAAAGCUUGGCCGAAUGCUUGAACAAUUGGGUUUCACCAUCAUCCAGCAAGAGGGCCAACUGGUGGUGCAGCGUGCUUCAAAGCUUACUGCUUCUUCGAGUCUAGGGGAAAGCCUUGCGCAGUCAGGCAUUGUAUCUAUGAAGCCUGACCCGGCACUCCUCGGCUGGAUGCAAGCCAAGAGCCUCGAGGACGAAGACAAUCUCUUCAAAGCUUUCAUGGAAAGCCUGGCUCAAUUCGACGUCGCAGUCUUUGGUGAUGUUGUUGUCAAGCGUGUCAAGGAUAUUGAAGUCCUGGCCCGCAAGUGGCAGAAGGAAGCCCGCGGCUACCGUGACAAGUACCACCGUAUCCAGGUUGAAGCCCAUGACAAGAUUGCCUAUCGCUCGUUCAAGGAGGGUGAUCUAGCUCUCUUCCUUCCCACUCGCAACCAGGCAAUCCGCUCCUGGGCGGCGUUCAACGUCGGCGCACCGCAUUUCUUCCUCCGCGAACUCGACUCCCAUAAACUUCAAACCCGCGACUGGUUACUAGCACGCAUUACCAAGAUCGAGGAACGUGUCGUCGACCUUUCCAAGUCAAUCAACGGGGUCGUACCUGACCGUCGUUCUCUUGGAGACGCCAGCGACGGUGCUUCUCUGGAUGACGAGAACCCAUUCGAGCUAUCCGACGGCCUACGCUGGUACCUCCUCGACGCGGUGGAAGAAAAACCCGGCGCGCCCGCUACCCCCGGUAUCGCAAAGAGCACAGUCGCCUCAGCGCACGUUGAUGCCAAGGGCAGCAUUCGCCUCAAGCGUGGCACAGAGGAAGGCGGCGUUGCCAAAACCCUAUCAAGAAGCCUAGACAGCCGGCGCGACAGUUCAAAUUCCAAACGAGGGACCCCAACGCCAUCACACCACGCCGUGGAAUCGACCAGCGAACUCGUUCGCCCUGCAGAUACCGAGGCCGGCCCGGCAAGGGAGACUGACCCAGCCAAUGACGAGGUUCGCCGUGACCUGCCCGGCCCGUGA